AUGAAUAAUCAUCAUCAGCUUCACGUUUCCCACUCGUCGAUUCCUCGGUCUAUACCUACGCCGCCGGAGCAAAUCAUUGCGACUGAGUCUGAUCCUCCCAUUACAAGCUUCGAUGUCGCCCCAGCGACUGUUGAGAGAGAUGAUGCAUCUGCAUCACCACCCACGCCUACUUCUUUAAAUGGGGACAGUCCUGCAUUAUCUCACAAAGGAACACCUAUCCAAACUGGGCUCUUACCACCUACGCUCAACAGCCUUCCUCAUGUUAGUCUUGGUCCAGCUGCGCAUCCCUCUGCGCAUCCCACCGCGCACCCCUCGUCCCUGGCUAGUGCGCUCAGAGCCCUGAAUGAAGGGCCUAGCGGAGGCGCCUUUCAUCAUGAGUAUGCGCCUUCGUCUAACGAUUCUCCCUACACAAAGAGUAUUUCCUCUACUGCUCCGACUUCGCCCCGAAUUCCUCCCCUCCGACAGAAUUCCGGUUCCCAGACUCCUCGAGUUCGUCCUCAUGCGACAACCCUCAGUAUACCUGGCAUGACUCGAUCGCUUGUUUCUCCUGAUGGAAGAAUUGCCGACCGAGAUGUCGCUGCAAAACUUGUCAUUAUUAUGGUUGGUCUGCCGGCAAGGGGCAAAUCAUAUAUUACGAAGAAGCUUCGAAGAUAUCUUUCUUGGCAACAACACAAUACUCGGAUCUUCAACGUCGGUAAUCGAAGACGUGUCGCGGCUGUAAGUCCGCCAACCAUGCAUCACAAAGAUAGCUCCAUGGAUAUGCCAACUCCUUCGACGACAAUCUUGGUUAACGGUGUUCAACCACCAACUGAUUCCCCGGCUCGGAAGAGGUCUUCCCCUCAGGAUCAGGAUGACCCCGCCCCAAAGCCUAUGGAUCAGUCCGCCAAAUUCUUCGAUCCCAACAACGAGCAAGCGUCGAAGCUGAGAGACGAAAUUGCCAUUGAGACCCUGAAUGAAUUGCUAGAUUAUUUAAUCAGUGGUGGGGGCUCGGUUGGAAUUCUCGAUGCCACGAACAGCACAAUCGAACGCAGGCAGAAACUCUUCGAUCAUAUCAAAGCUAGGGAGCCCCAACUUGGCAUUCUGUUUAUCGAGAGCGUCUGUAAAAAUCCUCAGCUCCUGGAAGCCAACAUGCGCUUGAAACUUUCCGGUCCUGAUUAUAAGGACAAAGACCCCGUCAAGUCAUUGGAAGAUUUCAAGGAGCGCGUGAAGGCCUACGAGAGUGCAUAUGUCCCCUUGGGAGAUUAUGAAGAAGAGCACGAGAUGCAAUACAUCAAGAUGACGGAUGUCGGCAAGAAACUUACCCACUAUGGGCUAGGCGGGUUUCUCAGCAAUAGCAUUGCCAACUAUCUAUCUUCUUUCAACCUAUCGCCUCGACAAAUAUGGAUUACACGUCAUGGCCAAUCCACGGAUAACAAACUGGGCAAGAUUGGCGGUAAUUCCGAACUGACUGACCGCGGGCACUAUUACAGUCUCUGUCUGUACAAGUUCGUCACACAAAAGCGUCGAGAAUGGUUGGUAGAGCAAAAGAACAAGAUUGCGCAGGCAUCAUUCCCUCCCGUACGGGGGGAUCAGUCACCGCCUUAUCCUGAUCUCAGCCGCGAGCUUGAUGAGAAGAAUUUCUGCGUGUGGACAUCGAUGUUGACACGCAGUAUACAGACGGCCGAGUACUUCGAAGCAGACGAGGAUUAUGACGUCAAGAAUUGGGAAAUGCUCAACGAGCUUAACGCCGGCAAGUUUGAAGGCUUGACAUAUGAGGAGAUCGCCCGUACUCACACUGAUGAGUAUACCAAACGCCAAAUGGACAAGCUGCAAUACGUUUACCCCGGCGUUGGAGGUGAAGGUUAUCUCCAAGUCAUCGGCCGUCUUCGGGACAUGGUACAAGAGAUUGAGCGAAUCAAGGACCACAUCAUGAUCAUUGGACACCGUUCUGUAUGUCGUGUCCUAAUGGCGUACUUCAUGGACCUCACCAGGGACGACAUCGCAGACCUAGAUAUGCCAUUGGGUAUGCUCUAUGCUAUUGAGCCCAAGCCAUACGGUAUUGAGUUCCACGCGUACAAGUACAACGAAGCGAAUGGUUGGUUUGACGAAAUCCCCGACUACAAACCGUCGAGAACGGUGGACCGCAGCGCUUAA